AUGGCAGACGAUAGAACAAAGGAGCUUCCAAAGGCUUCGGGCGCAUCAAUACACAAGGAUAUCGAGGCUGCACCCGCAGUGGCAAGCCACCUCGAAUCUGUGAAAUCUGGUGUAAAACCCGCACUUGACCAAGAUGCCGAUGUGGCAAUGACCCUCUUCGAUCAUCCAGACCAGAUUCACGAGCCGCGCGACCCCGAAGAGGAGAAAAAGCUUGUCUUAAAGAUUGACUUCAUGAUUCUGCCGUACUUGGCCGUAUGCUAUGCGUUCUUUUAUAUUGAUAAAACAACGCUGUCUUAUGCUGCAAUAUUUGGCAUCCGAACGGACUUGGAUCUGCAGGGGGCCGAGUAUAACUGGCUUAGCUCUAUGUUCUAUUUCGGGUUCCUAUUUUGGGCUUUUCCGACGAAUUUCAUGAUGCAACGAUUCCCAAUUGGGAAGUAUCUGGGCAUCAACAUCUUCAUGUGGGGGUUCUUUCUCAUGCUUCAGGCCGCCGUCCACAACUUUGCCGGGCUUAUGGCCCUGCGUUUCUUAGCGGGUGCUGCCGAAGCCUGCUCUGACCCUUCUUUCAUGCUCAUCACAAGCAUUAUACUCGACGACAGCAACCUGUUCGAAUGGGCUUAUUUAACGAACGAUUUCCUAAACUUUUCGGAUGUAGGGUAUACUGCGAAUGGGUUUGGCAUUGCACUUGGUGGCCUCCUUGGUUAUGGUAUGCAGUCUCUGACUGACCUCCGUUGCGAGAUACUCACCGGUGCGAUAGGAAUCGGAAGCAUCAAGGGCUCUCUGCCCUCGUGGAAAUAUGAGUUUCUUAUCAUCGGUGCCCUCUGUUGCAUCUGGGGCAUAGUAAUGUUUAUAUUCCUCCCAGAUUCACCGGUAACAGCCAAGGGGCUCACUCGUGCCGAAAAACGCAUGGCCGUUCAACGGUUGCGUGAAAACCAGACGGGCAUCGAGAACAAGCAUCUGAAGUGGCCUCAAGUCCAUGAAGCCUUCAUGGACAUCAAACUUUAUCUCUUUUUUUUCCUCGGAGUUGUCUGCAACGUCCCGAACGGCGGUAUCUCGAAUUUUGGGACCCUGAUCAUUCAAGGGUUCGGCUUUAGCACUCUUGGCACGACUCUCAUGCAGAUUCCAUAUGGUAUCAUCAUUGCCAUCAGCAUUUUGAUCUGCGUGUAUUUGAAUGAUCGAUUCACUAACAAGCGAUGCUUGUUCAUCCUUCUCUUCCUCUGCCCCAAUAUUGCGGGUGCAUUUGGAUUGCGCUAUGUUGCUACGGAUCAACAGGUCGGCAGGUUGAUAUGUUACUACCUGACGGGACCCUACAACGCCGCCUUUGUCAUGGUUUUGUCGCUGACAACUGCCAACACGGCGGGUCACACGAAGAAAGUGGUGACUAAUGCGGUUCUCUUCCUUGGAUAUUGUACCGGCAACAUCGUGGGUCCGUUCUUCUACUUAUCGAGCCAGGCACCCUACUACGCAUUGGGCAUCUGGUCGAUGAUUGUGUCUCAUCUCUUAGAGGCUUUCAUUAUCGUUGUGUUCUGGGUGCUCAUGAGUUACGAGAACCGAAGAAGGGACAAAAUUCAGUCCGCGAUGACUGGUGGUCUAGACGGGAGAGACUUGGACUCCACUGCAUUUGCCGACAUGACGGAUCGUGAAAAUCUCAAUUUUAGAAGUCAACCAGUGAAUGGCCAUGCGGCCGCGAAGUCGAUCUAA